ACUAAGGGCUGGACCUCUGUUGCAGUUGAGCACACGCAGCGUUUCGCACCGUAAAGCUAAUGCUGGCUAAUGUCAGGUGACUGACGCUGUGUUUCACUAGCUACGACCUCAGCAGGAUGCGAAAGAAUUGUGAAACCUGGAGGGCGAAGUGAGUUUGUCUUCGGCCCAAUUUUGCAAUUUCAGUUGGUUUGUGGAUGAAAUUGGAUGCCGAUUGUGUCUCUCUCACUGAUAGUGCCUGCUACCCCACACAUGUGAUUUGCGCAAACCGACGUCUUCGAUGGGUGGUGGAGGCACCAGGCUGUGCAGCCCCCUAACUCAGAGCCUCGGCUGUCGCAGCAGCAGUAGCAGCAGUCGCUCGCUCCCUCUUGCCCAGCCACACCUGGACCCUUGCCAACAGCCAGUCACGGCCCUGGACCAAGCUUUCUGUCAGGAACGGCAGGGGCCUGAUGCAUUUCCCCCUGACCCCCUGGAGCUGCUCAGAGAAUGUGAGGAGGCCCUUAAAGAUCGACCCCCUCGCUUUCACAGGAACUUCAUCUACCCAAGAGAUGGAGAAAAGAGCCCCGGCAGCCAGAUCAGGGUGAUGCAAUGGAACAUACUGGCUCAAGCGCUUGGCGAGGGAGUUGACAGUUUUGUCCAGUGUCCCCCAGAGGCCUUGUGCUGGUCCCAGAGGAAGUACCUUAUCUUAGAGGAGAUCCUCACCUACCGUCCUCACAUCCUAUGUCUAGAGGAAGUAGACCACUACUACGACACCUUCCAGCCAAUUCUGGCAGGCUUAGGUUACAGCAGCAACUUCUGCCCCAAGCCCUGGUCACCGUGCUUGAAUGUCGUUGGCAACAACGGUCCUGAUGGCUGUGCGCUGUUCUUUGACCAAUCACGCUUCGAGUGCCUAGAUAGUGUGAGCGUACGCCUAUCUGCAAUGUUGAUUCCAACUAACCAGGUGGCUGUCUUGACAAUGCUGCGGUGUCGAGCUACAGGGAGACGUGUGUGUGUGGCAGUGACCCACCUGAAAGCCCGCACUGGCUGGGAGCGACUCCGCAGCGCCCAGGGCUCCGACCUCCUACGUCAUCUGCAGAAUCUAAUUCAGCACAGCUCCAGCGGACCUACAGGGCCUUUGGGCAUUGACUCAGACACACCUCUAAUCAUUUGUGGAGAUUUUAACGCAGUCCCAACUGAAGAGGUGUACCGGCGCUUUGUCUUGUCCCCUCUUGGUUUGGAUUCAGCCUACAAGAAACUUAGUGGAGAUGGUUUGUCGGAGCCAGAGUACACAACGUGGAAAAUCCGGCCCGAAGGGGAGUGCUGUAGCACACUGGAUUACAUCUGGUACACACAGAGCAAGCUAAGCGUCGAGGCAGUUUUGAAUAUGCCCACAGAGGAACAGAUUGGGCCAAACAGGCUUCCGUCCUUUAAUUAUCCAUCUGACCACCUCUCUUUGGUCUGUGACUUCACCUUUAAGGAGGAGUAAAAGACAGGGAGAAAAGGAAGGUACAUUUUACUGAAUGGAGAUAUGGGAUAACGGCUACCUUUUGGUUGUGUACUUAAAAUUCACAAUGUGAACUGGGAAGGAGGUAGCGGAUGGCACUUGAGUUGUAGGACCAAACACUGCAACAAUUAAAUCCUACAUCCCUUUUUCAUCACACUGAACAUUAAUACUGCCUUAAUACAGUAAAUUCCCCAAUCAAUACACAGCAGGAUGUGGUGCAACAACUCCUGUGCCAUAAUCCAGUGUGAGCACAAAAAAGUAAAUGAAAGCAAAACAAGGGCGUUAAAAGAAUAUGCAAAACCACACACCUCACUGUCAUAAAACUACUGGUCCAAGAGAAAGGUAGACACAGCCUCUAAACAAGCUGAUGUAGUUGUAACGGGGUUGACUGAGGCUACAUCAGUCGGGUUAUUCGGUGGGCACCAGGCUUCACCAACGUUUUGUGGGGCGAGGCCACAACUUUAGGAGACUCGACUUUAGUUUCCGAAAAUCCUUCAGCUUGGUGCCCAGCAUCACACAACCAUCUCUUAGCACUGGUUGACGUUCUACUAAUCUAUGAUAACCUGUAUUUAAUAUAAAGCUUGAUGUUAUCUUACAGUCUUGCCUACAGUCCUUUCAAACCUUACUACUACUGGAUGUGUAAUUGGAGCUGAUCAGGGUUAAGAGAUAAGAUGCAGGACUCAAACACUGCAAAAAUUCAGCUCUGCCUCCCCUUCUUGGUUUGUCUUGAAUGAACACUAAACCCAUCUAACAUUCAUCUUACCUGUAAUACCAUGUACUGCAUCCAUUCAAUUGAUGUCAGUCAGUACACGUGUAAAGAGUCCCUGUAGCGCACAAAGCUUUUCCCUUGAGUCCACUAUUUUAAUGUAUUGUAGUUUUACUACUACAUCUACAUGAAGUUAAUGCUUAAUGGUUUAGAUUUCCGUCAAGAAUGUCCCUUACACAGGCUGGGUCCUUUAAACACACUGGAGAUGGUCUCACUAUAGAUUUGUAUGUGAAGACCCUUUCACAGGAUUUGCAAAUUGUAUAACUGAGGUGCUAUCUUUUUUUUUUGCCUGCAUGUAAAUUGAAACUUUAAAAUAAUCUCUUCUAUCGAUAUCACAAAAAAAUGGAGGGUGGGAGUAAUGUUUUGGAUAUUUUUACGACUCAAAAAAAGGUGACGUGUUUAACUUGGUAAGUUGUGCUGUAAUAUUUGUGGGGCAGCGUUAUAUACUGCUGACGAACAAGGAAUCUAUAUUCAAGGACCCCGCAACAAAUACAGUAUCGCUGUGGCGAAGGGCCACAGACAAUUUGUAGGUCAAGAGCGUGGUGGGGGUCACUGGUUGUGAUGCACAGUAAUGUAUUUGAGUGCUCUUUGGAAAACAGACGUCAUGACGACAGCCAAACAGAUGUCAAAAGUUGCAGAGAGCAGCAUCAGGAUGUGCAGAUUGCUGCACCCUUCAGACGCCUUUCAGCAAGCGCUGGUUUCAGACGGUCUGUCCCUACGUUGAGCCUCUGUCACUUCAAAUCACGAAUAAACCUGUAAAUGCUCAUAUGUUUAGUUUCAUGUGUUUAUUAGAGAAAUGUAAGCCUGAAAAACAGCAGAUAAAGCUGGAAAUAAAACCAAAUAGUACUUAUGCACACUGCCGGUGUGUGCAGUAGGGCAAAUAGGAAGAUAUUUUUCAACUAUGCUUGUAUAUUAAUUUCCCCCAAUUAUAGUUUCUGCUGUAUAUUUUGUAUCAGUUAUCUACACUUUGAGCUAUACAACACAGCAAAAUGUUGCCUGGCAAGAUGACUCACUGUUAUUGCUAUCUGUACUUUCCAGUUGUAUGACAUGAAAUUCAAUACCUCCUGUCCUGACCUCCUCUGCGGUCUCUGCGUCGUCAGAGCAAAUCUCGCUUCCAGCUGGACUCACGGUGCACCCAUGACUGGAUUUUACAAUGGGAGCACAGAUGUUUGCUUUGCCUUCUAAUCCUGUCACACCCUCGUUUUGUGGAUAUGGAGAAAUCGCAUGGAAUUAUUUACCUCCAGUGUGGCAUAAACGAAACAAUGAAAUCUGUGCAGUCACAACCCAUAUGCCAAACAUACAACCCAACCACAGAAACAGUCGGCACAGGAGGACAAUGAAAUGCAAAAAAAAAAAUAAAAAAUAAAUUCUUUGUUGUCACUAAUUAAAAAUUAAACUUUGCCCCAGCUCUGUUAAUUCUCUCCAUAUUUGGUCGCAAAUUUUGUUCUGUCUGGAAUCUUGGCAGAUUUACCAAUCUGGUAUCAAACCGUUUUUAUUAUGCAACAUAAUCUGCCUACUUUUCUCUCGCUUGCUUCUGUGUGAACAUCAUUUAUGGAAAGAAUAUUGUGCUACAGGGCGUCCAGGUAGCAUAGUGGUCUAUUCCGUUGCCUACCAACAUGGGGAUCCCGGUUCAAAUCCCCGUGUUGCC